CAAUAUUUCGAAUGCGAAGUUAAACGAUUGUCAGGACUGACAAGUGACAGGACACAGGACUUCGAGUCUUGUUAAUGCCAGUCUUUAUUUGGCUUAGUUUUUAAAUUUUAUAAGUCUAACUGCUAUUUUCGUAUAAAAUUAAGUCAUUAUUUAUUAACUAUUAUUAAUUUAAUGAUUUACCCAUAGGUUUUAAAAGUAUUUAUUGAUUUGUAAAUAAAAAGAUCUAUAAAAUAUGCUAUUCCAGUUGUUUUUCAUUAACAGUCGUAAGACUCGUGUAGAUAAUUGCAAUUGUAUUAUACAUUUUGGAAUAUUUCAGUAUUAUGUGGUGAGUAGGCACCCAUUUAAUUUAUAAUAAUAUUGUAACUAAAAAAACAAAACAGAAACCCAAAAACAUAUUUGUACAUUAUAAUAAUAAUGAGCUAAUUUUUUAUUUAUAGAAAUAAUACCAGAAAUAAAGUAUUAUUGCAAUGGCAAAAUCGCAAAAUGAAACUAUUAAAGAAAAUUCAGACGAACAAGUAAUAUUUCUUUACAGAUAUAAAUUUAUUCUUAUUGUAAUUCAUAUGUACAGUGUAUAUAAUAAAUAUUAAGUAUAUACUCGUGGUUAUAAUUUGAAAUGUGAAAUGCAAUUUUUACUCUCUUACAAAAAAAAUUAAUAAAUAAGGAAUGACAACCUCAAUUAUAAUAAUAAAUAAUUAUGAAAUCAUUCUGUCAUAGUUAAAUUGUAUAAAUAAAGUCAUAAUCAAAUAUUUGUAUAAUACUAUAUAGUUUAAAAUUAAAAUUAAUAUAAAUAGGUAGAUGUAUUUAAUUUAAUGAAACACUUUUAUUUUGUUUAGACUGCUAUUGCUGAGUUAUUUGAACAGUUAUUUGAGAUAUCACAUACUCUAAAUACUAAUAAGGUUUUAAUUGAUAAAAUUAAUAAUACUCAAGAUCAAGUUAUUAAGAAAGGCAUGAUUGAUCCAGAGUCGCAAGUAUACUUUAGGUUUUUGUCAUUUUAAUAAAAUAUAAUUUAAAUUUUAUUUUAUUCAUAGAAAUCAUUAAUAAGUUAUUAUGAAACAGCUGAACAAGAAGCUGCUAAACAAGAAGAGAUCAUUAGAAAAGCAUUAGAAUCCAUAUAUGAAAUUCGAAACAUACGCCAUCAAAAAGUUAAAGUACAAUAUAUUUUACCUUAAUUUAAACUAUUAAUAAAGUGUAAUUUAUAUUGCUAGUCACUUCUGCAGUCUCAAAGAAGUUCAACAUUUCUUAAACUAUUACAAAUAACUGCUACAAGGAUGCCAGUAUGGUUUCCAAAGAACGACGAACAGCCACCACCAUUGUGUGGUGCAAUUGAGCCACUUCCUUCAUAUGUUGCAAAAGUAAGUUUAAUUAAUAUUUAUAAAUAUUUAUUUAUAUAAUAAGUAUUUUGUAGAGUGGUGAUUUAGUGACAGCACUUGUUAAACAGUCUGGAGAAGAGAGGUGGAUUGUAGCUGAAGCAGUUGAAUUUAAAAAUGGGAAGUAUGAAGUAGAAGAUAUUGAUGUAAAAGAAGUAAAUCGUAAUUUUACAUUGGAAAAAAAAUAUGUCAAACCAUUACCCUUGAUGAGAGCUAAUCCAAUAAUUUGUCCAGAUGCUUUAUUUAGCUGUAAUACAUUUGGUUAGUAUGUUAGUAAUAGUAAAAUUAAAAUCGACCAAACCUGUGCCUCGUGUGCCACCUCUUAGGACUUACAUUCAUUCAAUCAAUAAUUAUUAAUUUAGUUUGAAUAAGAAACAUGUAUACAUGAGUAUACCAAUAAUAAUUAAACCUAUUUGAUGACUAGUGAUUUAACGUAUAGAUUUAAAUUAAAAUGUUUAUAAAUUGUGUAUAAAUUAUUUUUAUAGUUUUGGCUAUGUAUCCACAAACCACUUGUUUCUUCAAAGCUCUAGUGAAAGCCCCACCUAAAACAAGUUAUGAUGGGUAUGAAGUUUUAUUUGAAGAUGAUUUCAAUCAAUACACCAUAAUGAUGGUUGUGUCCCAAAGAUUUGUCGUUUCAUAUCCAUUUGAAAUUAAUCUUAAAAAUGUCGAAAUAAAAUUAGAAUCAUAGAUGGGUCAUAUUAAUUUUUAUUCUUAAUAUUUUUAGAAAGGCUUUUAAAAAUUAAAAUUAAGAUAUUCUUUCGUAUGGAUAUGUAUUAAAUUUUAAAACAAUGAACUAUUUAUAUUAUUUUAUUAAUGUUUAAGUGACAUUAUUAUUAUUAUUAUUUUUUUUAAUAUCAUUAUUUUAUCUAUGUGAAAAACUAGACAUUUUUUUAAAUAUUUUUUUGUAAUUCUGUAGAACAUUAAAACAAUUAAUCUUUUUCUAUUGUUUACCUGAAUUUCUGGUUUUAACUGUUGAUUAUUGUAUUUUUUAUUAAUGUAUUAACCAAAUAAUAAAUACUUUGGAUGUUGAGAUGACAUUUACUGUUUUAGUCUAACAGGUCUAUGAGAAAAUUUAAGUUCUACAAAAGUAUGGUGAGACUGACUUAUGUUGUAUUAUUUGAAGUGCUGGGUGGUAAACAAAAAAAUAGAAUAGAGUAUGAGUGUAACAAAGAUGGGAAUACUUUAGUGGAUAAGUGGAGUGACUAGAAAAGAUAGAAUAAGGGAUGAGUACAUAAUAGGUACCUCAGAUAGUGGUAGCUUCAAUAGUAGACAAAAUUAUAGAAAACAGACGGAGAAAGUUUGGGCAUGUCAUGGGGAGAAAGGAAUCUGAAUCAGUAAAAAUUGUAAUGAAAAUAAACUUAAAAGAGAAGUGGAAGACUAAAACAGAGUUGGUUAGAUGCGAUUGAGAAUGAUAAAUUUAGGACAGCGAGUAUAUAUGAUGUGAGAGAUUGGGUCAAGUGGAAGUUUAUAUAGAAAGUGACUGAUUCAAAAUAUUGUAUCAUGAAGGCAAGAGAAGAAUAUUCUUAACUAAUCAGGCAAUAUAGCAAAAUUAUGUAACUUAUAAUUAAAAUUGUGACAUUUAGUUUAAAAUUAAAGCUUAAACACAGAUAAAAUGUAAUGAGAAGAAUUUUUUUGUAGAUAUCUCUAGGUUAUUUUCUGUUGUCAAACAAAAGAUUUAACUAUUAAAAAAAAAAAUCUAAUGGUUAGACUGAAACAGUAAAAACAGGUAUAUCAUCUUUAAUAUUUAAUUAAACAAUAAAAUCUCAAAUGUAUUCAAACCAUUUAUUGUAACUUUAAAUUAAUAUAUAAUUUUGAUAAUUAUAUAAUGUAUGUGUUUAUUUGUAUAUUUUAUAUUAUAACCAUUUAACAUGUUUGUAGUUAGUUUUUACAGGGAGUCAAUAAUAGUUUGACUCAACAAAAAUUUAGUUCUCAAAAAAAUAUUUCACUCUAAUUCCCUGAAUUCACAAAAAAAAAUUAUCACUAUUGAUUAUCACAGUGAUAUGAGAAUUUGUAAGGCAAUGGUGAUAUGGGAAACACGAGUCAAAUGUAAAUUUUGGACCAAGGUUAUUAACUCCAAAUAGAUGGGCAAAAGAGAAGAAUAAACAGAAUUAAUUAUAUAUACCAAGUUUCAUUUGAAUGAAUCAUAAAAAUCAUUAUGUUUUCUAAAUUAUCAGUAAAUUUGAGAUAACAACCAUAUAAUAGUAGUUUAUUAAAUUAUACACUAAAAUAAUACCUAUAUAACUAUAUUCUGUCUCAAAUGAGACACUUUUACAAAAUGUACACUUUUUGUAGUUCUAGCAACUGAUUUCUGCGGAAGUGCUGAUACCAAAUUUCCCCCUACUUUGUUAAUAGACUUUUACGGCUUAUUAGUAAUUUGCGAAAUCAAUACAGGUCGUAGGUGGGAGAUAUGCAACAUUCAUGGAAAUUGGUUUGGCAACUGAUUAUUCUUUUUUGAGACAGAGGAUAAUAUCUAUAUUAAAAUAAAUUAACGUAACAUAUUUAGUUUAAUGAUUUUUAUUUUACUAAGAUUAUAUUAUGGAAACAAAAACAAAUCUUAAAUUACACAAUUAGUAAGACGUAAUUCCCGCACUUACACUGCCUUAAUCCAAUAAUAGGCAACAUAAUAAGAUCACAUAACAAAGAAAUAAAAUUGUGUUCUUUAGGUUAUAAUUAAGAAUUAACACAAAUAACAAAGAACAUAUUUUAGAGGGCACUAUGUUUUUUCCCAAAAUAAUACUAAACAAAAAAAUCUGUGGUUGUUUUAUAAAAAUAAAAACUAACAAGUCAACAACCUUUUUUAUAAAAUACUGUCAAACAUAAUGUCAUUGAUAAUAUUCUACUAUUUCAGUUUUGUUACUGAACUUUGAAAUUUUUAAUUUCAACUAAAUAAUUUUAAUUCUAAUUUAUAUGAUUUUGUUCUAUUGUUCGUUGAUGGACUGAGAUAGUAAAUGGAAGAAAUAUGUCCUCUUAAUUGACAAUAAUUUCAAGUUCAUUGAAUAAUAACGUGUUUUGAAUUACCUAAACCUUUACUUUUUUUGUCAUUUUUUUAAACUUAGUAUAGAUAAUGGAAUUGAAACAUUUUUAUCAGUGCAAAUAUUGAGAUAUAAUAUAAUGUGUUUCCUUUAAUUGUAUAAGUAACACUAUUAAUUAAAUAUAUUAUUAUGAUUAAACUUAAUAAUUAUGAAACAAAAUAUUUAAAUUUAUCAAUAAAACUAAAACAAUACAACAUAAAGCUUUUAUAAUUUAUAGAAUAUUAAAAACUAAAUAAAAGUACUAAAUAUAUUAUAUUAUAUACAAUUGAAUUUGUUUAUAUUACAUCUGGUUGUUGUGGAAUGAGAGAAGUAAAAAAUGUAAUAAUUACAGUCCAUAAAAAUGAAAAUAAAGGUUCAUUUUGCCUUACAGCUGUAGGAUCAUUAACAUUUCCAUUUCGAUCUUGUGAUUCAGGUGGCUGAAGUCUCCUUCUUUCAUGAAACUGUCUAAAAUAUCCAGUUUGGUACCUAUAAAUAAUUUUUUAAAUAAUAUCAAUUUAUAUGAUUAGUAAUUCAACCAAUUUAAUAGUUCAAAUACAAAUUUAUCGAUUUAAAUUUUAAAUCAAAUAAAAUUAAUUAAUUUUUAUAUUAUUAUAAAAACUUAAUUAUAUUUUUAAUUUAUAUUAAUGAUUUUAAUUAAAAAACUUACAGAUAUAAUAGAAGUGCAAAGCAAGCAACAAUGAUAAAACGGCCAGGAGAUGAAUAAAAAUAGAGUACACUAAUGAAAAUCAAUAAUCUACUGGUUACAUACAACCAAUCUAACCAAUCAUGAUGUUGUCCAAAUUCUCGUACAUUUCUAUUUGCAUUAUUAUCAGGUGCAACAUUUUGCUCAGCUUGUUGGUUAUUGUUCUCUAAUAUUUAGUUAAAUAUUAAUACAUAAUUUUAUGUUGUGUAUCUUAUAAUAUGUAUGAAAUUGUUAAUCAUAUUACUAAGGCUCG